CUCUCAGGAGGAUCUUGCCCUGGCCUACCCACAUAGUUGCCAUCAUACAGGGCUCUUCAAGGCAGCACAACCAAGAUUGGGGCAUUUUGUUUGAAGGACAUUUCCAUAAUUUGAUAAAGUGAUUUAGCUGGGCUCAAGGGCCUGCUGAGUUUGAAAAGGUCUUUUGGUUACUCCCUAUGACUGAAUUUGGACAGUCCAGCAUUACCCAAAACUAGAGGUGUCAGCUAAGGAGCAAACCAGAGCCACAGGUUCCGCACCCCCACCGCACACACUCACUGCAGUUUUUAAAUACUCCCUGCUCUUUGCAGCUCUAAAGUGCUUCAGGCUAAGCACCUCAGAGGACAAGCCCACAGCCACUGAGGCUGUGCAGGCCAGAAUGUGUGAUUGGACACAUUGUAAUUACGUUGAGUCUCCAGAAGACAAGCCUUCCGGGUUAAGAGUCACAGCUGUACCUCUGGCGUCAGACCGUGAGGACACGGCUUUUAAGUCUUCAGAACUCGGGUCUGAUUGAAAGAUUCCUGGCAUGGAGUCUCGCCAGUGCUGCUGCCACAUUUUCACCAGGUUGCUGUGUCUAGGAGCUAAUGAAGACCAGGAACAACAGCAUGGUGGGAAUGAAAUAGUCCCGAAGGCUGAAGAGGAAGGAGGAAAGAAAGGGCUUGUACAGAGCGAGCUUGCUCAGGGUGAGCUUGAUCAGGGCGAACUUGCUCUGGGCGAACUUGCCCCAAGCAAGCCUGCUCAAGAAGAGCUUGCUCAGUCCGGUCUUACUCAGGAAGCCACAGGAGUGGUAGAGGAGGGAGAAAACGAAGAAGAAGAAAUGGAAGGAGGACAAGCUGGAGAUGGUAGUUCUGGCGCCAUGGACAAGGGGAUCCAGGCAGAAGGUGGUCAUGGCAGCAGUAUUGAACAGCAGCCUCAGCAAGAGGCGGCAAUGCCUGAGGGCACCAACAGUCUCCAGGCUGGUGACAACCUGUCUUUCCGGAGACGCACCAGAUUCACCCAGUCUCAGCUGCAGGACCUGGAGCGUCUUUUCGAAGAGACUCGCUUCCCCAGCUUUCAAGUAAGGAAGGAUCUUGCAAUAUCAAUGGGUGUGCCGGAAGCAGAUGUGCAGGAUUGGUUUAGGGCCAGGAGAGCCAUUUUCAGAAGCAAUAGAAAGGUGGUGCUGAUUGAUGCACCACCUGGUCCCCACAACAACGAUUCCUGAAGAUUUUGGAGCAGCUCAUGUGUGGCCUCUUUCCAAAGCCAGAUGACCUGGAACCUGGCCCUGCCCCCAAUGUCUCGGCCGCCUGUGCUGGUCAUGACAACCUUUUCUUCCCUGCAAU